AUGUCUCUCUCCCCGGAGUGGGCAAAGUCCGUUGUUGUGCGGUCGGAGGGAAACAUAGUGGCGCAGCACCAGCAGGCACCCACAGCGGCCCGCACAUACGCCGUGGCUGGUAGGCCUAUUAUUGUGCGCCGACGCGACCCCCGCGUCUUUACUGCUGAGGCAGCAACAUCAGCGCAGAAUAACGGCGGUGAGGAGAGCAGGCCGCAGGGGCCGUCGCUGGGGUGGCUCGUUACUGGGCGCGACGUCGCGGAGACCUUUUGGGUCCCCGACGUGAAGCGCAAUGAGGCGAGUCUGCUGGAGACCAUGUACCGCCGCACGGCAGCUAACCGCACCCACGUGCUGCUUCACAGUAGACCGCUACCGGAGCUGCAGUACAACUUCUCCACGUGCACUGGCGAGAAUAUUGACCUCUCCCAUGACGUGUUUCGCCUCUCCAAGACGUCCAUGGCAAUCCUGCAGAUGGAACGACAUUUAUCUGACGGAGAUGAAAUUCUGCUGCAUACCAAUGCCGGGUCGAGUAGCGGGGCGAAUGUAGACGCGUCCAGCAGUCAGCGACGCACGCAGCCCACCUCUGAUGUGGCGAGUAUCACAGGCAAGACGUUCAAGGAUCAACUUCGCCAUGGCCUGCGCUACAUACAUGAGGAGGAGUAUUACCUUGUGCGCUACCGCGACUACAGCGCGUGGGCGGUGCAGCAGUACGCCGCCAUUGCCAAGAAGGAUCACUACUGGGGCAAAAAGUACGUUGAACAGUGCUUUGCCGUCCACGUUGGCAAGGAGCCAGGCGAGCUGAUCCCCAUCACUGAGGCGCAGUUCUUGUUUGGGGUAGAGCUUCUGCAACGUCAGUUACUAGAGCAGGUUGGCACACGCGUAUCCAUUGACAUCAACUACUCUGCACUCAGCAAAGACCAAUUCCGCUCGCUUGGGGUUCUCCUCGGUGACGGCAUGAGGGCUGUUGCCGUCGAUGGGGAGGAGCGCCGCCGCCAGGAGGAGGAGGAAGAAGAGAGGCGACGCACUGUAAACACAAACAAGGAUGCGUACGUGCCGCCCAGCAUGUGGGACUGGAGCCCGAGCGCGAUUAAGAAGCGUAUUGAUCACCAGCUGCAACUGCGCUACCAAGCACUCGGUCGCUUCGUUGUGCGCAUUGCAGUGCUUGGCGUGGGCUUGUACGUGGCGUGGUCUUAUGUCAGGCCCGCCCUCCCAAUCGAAGGCAGCAGCACCGUGAGCGGCGGUAGGGCUCAGAGGCGUGGCCAGCGGAGUGGGCGUGGCAACGUGUACGCGGAUGACGGCGACGCAUUCGUGCCCAAGGGUUUCCUGCGGAGCGUCUUGCUGGGCCCGAAGGAAGUGUUCGACUAUCUCCUGGCGCCCGCAAGCUGA